CAGCUUAGUUUGACUGUUGUUAGGUAAAGUUAUUAUUUAGAUUUACUUUUGAUUAUGUUUACCUAUUUUAGUUUUGUUCCGGUACAAUUUGCUACUUAGUUGAUAUCUCGUUGAUCGUAAGAACCGAAACAACAGCUCAUAAACAAAAAGAUUUGGAAAGGCUGCAUCAACAUCCCAAAACAAUGCAGCAACCGGAAGACCAGCACCAUAUCAAGGAGAUCGAGCAGCAGCUGAUCCAGCUGCAGAGUGCGUUCCAGCUGCUGAACGACAAGAACCACCAGCUAUCGAGCCAGCUGGUCACGCUACGCCACAAAAAGGUCAAACGGGAAGCCGGCGAGGAUGAUCCGUACGAGGCAAAGUUCACCCCGUUUGACACAAAACGGAUCAAGGCGGAGUUUGGUCGUCCCGAGCGGAACGUCAAGACGGAACAGCUGGAAACCAUCGUUCUGGACGACGAUGACGACUCGCGAGACCACGAUGACUCGAUGAAGAAGCUGAACGACUCCAGGAGCGCCAUCGAACCGGUCAAUUACGAGUCGAAGGACUCGGAACUCGCGCAAGUCACCGAGGAUUUCAAGAAGCUGGUGAACAAGCUGGAGACUGCGCAGCGCCGGCAGCACGCUGAAGAUCAGGAGCUGGGCAGGCAGCUUCAGCACGAGCGAAGUCAGAACAAGCUGCUGGAGCAGCAGGUGCAGGACUUGACCGAGGAGAACCUUCGGCUGAUGGUGGAACAGACGAACGUCAAGGCGCAGCUGGGUGAGCACGAGAAGCAGAUCGAGCGGUUGAAGCAGGAGCUGACGGGGCUUUACGCGGAGAAGACUCAGCAGAUGAGCUUGUGGCAAGCCGAUAAGUCAUGUUUUGAGACGCAGAACACCGAGCUGAAUCUGCAGUUGCAGCGGAAGAUUAGUGACAGUGAGGAAGUACGGAGUCAGAAUCAGGUUCUGGAGCAACAAUUACAGGAGUGCAGAUCGCAUCUAACUGCUACGGAGAAUCGUUUGACUGAAUACGAAACCCAGAUCGUUAGGCUGAACGAGGAGUUAGCGGUGUUACGAUCAGACAAGCAACAACAAAUCAACUCAAUAGAAGAGGAAAAGGCCAAGCUGGAAACUAUGGGCAAACGGUUGACGGAGUAUGAAGCAGACAUCACAAGACUGAAUGAAGAACUUGUGCUACUAAACGCAGACAAGAACCAGCAGAUGAGUUUGUGGGAAGAAGAAAAAGCUAACCUAGACAACAGAAACGCGAACCUUCAAAAUCACCUCCAGAAGAAGAUUGACGAAGAUCAACAACUGUUGAACGAACAGAAUCAGACGUUGGAAGUCCUGAAGCAGCAGCUACAAACAAUGACCACCGAUAAUGAUCGCUUGAAGGUUGACCAGGAAAGCGUUCGGCUUGAAUUGGUCGCCGCGGAGAAUCGAGCGAUGGAGUGUGAGAAACAGAUCCAGCGGCUGAAUCAGGAGUUGGCGGAGCAAAUCACUGAUAAGAACCAACUGAUGAGCGCAUGGGAGCAGGAGAAAUCAAGUUUGGAAUCGGCGAUUAAGUAUCAGCAACAGCAGUUGCAGCUGAAGGACGGGGACAACGAAGAGAUCAACAAACUUUUGUUCGAGGAGCGAAAUCAGAAGAAGAUCGUGGAGCAGCAAUUGCUGGUACUGAGCGAGGAAAAGGAGCAACUCAAGUCUCAACUCGAAACUACACAGAAUAAUUUAAGCGAGCAUGAAAAGCUAAUCGAAAGUCUUAAACAAGAACUAGUGGAGCUCGUUGACACCCAAAAUCAACAGGCAAAUCUGUGGAAAGAGGAAACAACCAACCUGGAAGCUAAGAACCAGGAGCUUCUGCUCCAACUACAAGGAGCAGACGAAGAAAAUCGUGCCAUCAAGCAGCAACUACAAGACUUGAACGACGAGAACGACCAUUUGAAGGAUGAGCAGCAGAACACCAAAUCUCAACUGGCAAUCGCAGAAGAAACAGUGGUGGAGCAUGCGGAACAAAUCAACCGGCUGGAACAGGAGCUAGAAGAGUUGCAGAAGAAGGACGCCCACUGCGCGGAGCUGAGCCAUCUGUUGGAGGAGGAGCGAAAUCAGAGGAGCACUUUGGAGCAGCAACUACAAAGCAUGCAGGAGGAGAGGGAAGAACUGAAAUCUCAACUAGCGACCACCAAGAUCACCGUGGAGGAACACGCGGAACGCAUCGCGCGACUGGAGCAGGAGUUGGAGGAGCUGGGCGCCGACAAGGACCAAACAAUGCACUUGUGGGAGGAGGAGAAGUCGGUGCUGGAGACAACCGGUCAGGAGCUGCACCUGCAGCUGCAGUCGAAGCUGGCCGAGAUUGGAGACAUGGGCGAGCUACUGCUCGUCGAACGCAAACAGAACAAGGACCUGGAGCAGCAACUGCUGGCGAUGAGCGAGGAUAACAUUGCGAUGGAGAAGCGAAUGACGGAUUUCGAGUUUCAGAUUAAAGCGCUGGAGCAGGAGCUGGAGGAGGCACGGGCGGAGAAGGAACAGAAAAUGAGUUUGUGGGAGGGGGAGAAGGCUGAGCUAGAAGGGAAAACCAACGAUCUGCUUCUACAAAUGGAGAAGAAGUGUGGUGACAACAAAGAAUUGGCUGAACUGCUUCAGGAAGAGAAGACCAGGAGCGGUGACUUGGAUCAGCAACUGCUUAGUACGAAUGAGAAGCUAGAACAGCUAAAGACUCAGUUUGAGGGUGCUGAGACAAGACUGAUUGAGCAAGAAGAAAACAUCAAGAAGCUGGAACAGCAGUUGGCUGACCUGAAUGCUGAUAAAGAACAAGCAGCAAACUUAUGGAAUGAGGAAAGGUCCAACUUGGAGACCAAGAAUGAGGAACUGGAAAAUCAGUUGAAGCAGAAGGACAAUGAGAACGGAGAGCUGAACGAGCUGUUACUGGUGGAGCGCAACCAAAACAAAGCCCAAGGACAGCAACUGAUAGCCAUGACGGAGGAGAAGGAAGAACUCAAAUCGCUGCUGGUAACAAUGGAAAAUAGUAUGACACAGUACGAAACCCAAAUCAAGGAGCUGAAACAUGAGAUGGCAGAGUUUGUCGCAGAAAGGAAUCAACAGACAAAAUUGUGGAUAGAGGAGAAAGCAGCUUUAGAAACCGACAACAAGGAACUUCAGCAACAGCUACAAAAGAAAGACGCUGACAACAAGGAGCUGAGUAAGCUCUUCCUGGAAGAGCAAAUCAACAGCAAGGACUUGGCGCAGCAACUACUUGUGCUGAGCGAAGACAAGGUCGAGCUGAACUCCAGAUUGGCAACCCAGGGAAGCAGACUGCUGGAGCACGAGGAAAAAAUCAGGCGACUGGAGCACGAGCUGUCGGAGCUGCUUGCCGACAGGAACCAGCAGCUGAGCGCAUGGGCAACGGAGAAGACCGACUUGGAGGGCAAAACUAAGCAGCUGAACGAGCAACUGCAGAAGAAGGACGAGGAAAUGAAGGACUUGAGCGAGCUGCUGCUGGAGGAACGCAACCACAACAUUGACCUGGAGCAGCAGCUGCAGGACGCGGGUAAGGCGAACGAAAACGCGAAGGCGCAGCUGAAGGGCGCGGAGAAGAGUUUGGCGAAGCAGGAGAAGAAGGUCAAGCAGCUGAAGCAGGAGCUGGAGGAUCUGCAGGUGGACAAGAGCCAACAGGCGGAGGUUUCCCGGAUGGAGAAGGAGGAGCUGGAGAGCAAAAACAAGGAUAUGCACGGCAUGAUGAGACGGCUGAAGGAUCUUGUUCGCAAUGUUGAUGUGUGAGGUGGGGGGAAUUCCAGGAUAUAGGUAGAGCAUAUGAAAACAACAAAGAUAAUAAAGCUGUAUUUGUCUUACCUAUCGGUA